AAAGAAGCAAAAGGGGAAGGAGCUGAUUUUUCUCCCUCCCCACUUCCCUUUCUGACAUCUUAUUUGCAGUAUGAUGCUGUUCCAAUCCAGUCUAGUGUGGUGUUAUGCUCCUGUUCAUCCCCAUCAAUGGUGAGGAACCAAGCAGAUUCCAGCACUCCAUCUGUCAUUUCCACCUGUGGCAGCAGACAGGGUUCUAACAUGGAGGGCACUGCAGCUGAAUCAAGAUCUAGUUCAAACUCCUUGCAGCAACAUACAGGACAGCAGCCUUCACAGCCUCGAAAGAAACGACCUGAUGACUUCAAAUUUGGGAAAAUUCUGGGUGAAGGAUCUUUUUCAACGGUUGUCUUGGCUCGAGAAUUGGCAAGUUCUAGAGAAUAUGCCAUUAAAAUUCUAGAAAAACGUCAUAUCAUAAAAGAAAACAAGGUGCCAUAUGUGACACGAGAGAGAGAUGUAAUGUCCCGCCUGGAUCACCCUUUUUUUGUGAAACUCUACUUCACCUUUCAGGAUGAUGAAAAGCUAUAUUUUGGGCUUAGCUAUGCCAAAAAUGGAGAGCUGCUAAAGUAUAUACGCAAAAUUGGCUCAUUUGAUGAGACUUGUACCAGGUUUUACACCGCUGAAAUUGUAUCAGCCCUGGAGUAUUUGCAUGGGAAAGGAAUAAUUCACAGGGACCUUAAGCCAGAGAACAUCUUGCUAAAUGAAGAUAUGCACAUUCAAAUAACAGACUUUGGAACAGCAAAAGUAUUAUCUGCAGAUAGCAGACAAGCACGAGCAAACUCAUUUGUAGGGACAGCACAGUAUGUUUCUCCAGAACUGCUGACAGAGAAAUCUGCCUGUAAAAGCUCUGACCUCUGGGCUCUGGGAUGUAUAAUAUAUCAGCUUGUAGCUGGAUUGCCUCCAUUUAGAGCUGGAAAUGAAUAUCUUAUAUUCCAGAAGAUAAUAAAGUUGGAAUAUGACUUUCCAGAAAAAUUUUUUCCCAAGGCAAAAGACCUUGUUGAAAAGCUAUUGGUUCUAGAUGCAACCAACAGAUUAGGUUGUGAAGAAAUGGGAGGAUAUGGACCUCUUAAGGCUCACCCCUUCUUUGAAUCCAUUGUGUGGGAGAACCUACAUCUUCAGACACCCCCAAAACUUACAGCGUAUUUACCUGCUAUGUCAGAGGAUGAUGAAGACUGUUAUGGAAAUUAUGACAAUCUUCUGAGUCAGUUUGGUUGCAUGCAAGUUUCUGGUUCUGCCUCUUCCCAUUCACUGUCUGCUCCAGAGACAAGUACACCACAGACAUCAGGAGGAAAUAUUGAACAGUAUAUUCAUGAUCUUGACAACAAUUCCUUUGAGCUGGACUUACAGUUUUCUGAAGAUGAAAAGAGGUUACUUCUCGCAAAACAAGCUGGUGGAAAUCCUUGGCAUCAGUUCGUAGAAAAUAACUUAAUCCUAAAAAUGGGUCCAGUGGACAAAAGAAAGGGAUUGUUUGCACGUCGGCGCCAAUUGCUGCUCACAGAAGGGCCCCACCUGUAUUAUGUGGAUCCUGUCAACAAAGUUCUAAAAGGAGAAAUUCCAUGGUCUUUAGAGUUGCGGCCAGAAGCCAAGAAUUUUAAGACAUUUUUUGUUCACACACCAAACAGGACAUAUUACCUGAUGGACCCAAGUGGGAAUGCUCAUAAAUGGUGCAAAAAGAUACAUGAAGUUUGGCGGCACAGAUACCACCAGAAUGCUGCUAAAUAGUAAAGCUCAUCCAAAAUUUCCCAGUUUCCCUACUUGCUGCUAGAACUCCGUGUGCAGCCGAUCAGAGGAAUCUUUUCAACCCACCUGUUACCAUCUCAAGGGGAAGCAUAUGUCUGAAAUGUUCUGUGUUUUUUUUUUUUAAAAAAAGGAAAAAAAAAAAGAAAAGCAAAAACCUAAUGGAAUUCAGGGUCGCUUUGCUCGCUCUUUGUGCUUCUGUUGAGGCUUCCACAUGCAUAUCAUUGCAGUGAAGAUCUUGCUUUUGUGCACUUCAGCUCAAUUUCUGCUGCAGACUAGUGGAUAGACCUUGCAUUACCAGCUUCACUUAAGAUGAGUUAAAACCAAUCCACACGCACACACGCCGAAUCAUGUACCAGCCUUGCAUUUUAUGGGGCUGGAGUUUUCUGUGACUUUCAGAUUAUCAUUAAACUGUAUUUCAUCAGGGAGCUUUUAUAUGCCUCUCCUAAGCACCACCUCUUUGUUUUCUCUUCCUUUCCUCACAGUCCCCCAGCUUAUUGGUAUAUGGCAUUUAUAGCCAGGUCAGUUGCACCGCUGUGUAAUUCCUAAUAUAGUUCUGGUUGCAGGAUUUACGUGGUACUUUAGUAAUUAUGUGAAUGAAUCAGAUGUAUGUGUCUGGCAGACAGGCUCCAAUGAUACAGGUUGUGAGAGAGUAGAAUGCUGAACAUGGCACUGAAAGUUUUCUAAAAUUGAAAUGUUGGCUUCCGAAGCAUAUAAGAUUUUAAACCUUCAAUUUAAAUUUUAAUAUGAAUCAUAUGUGUGUUUAAUCAAGGGACAAUAAACUUACCAGCAUGCUUGUAACUAAUGCUAACUAAAAAAUUAACUAGUUAGUAUGGGGGGGGAAAAGGUUACUAUUGAAGUAGUAAAUAGUUUUUCACCUUUUCAGGAGAUGAGGGCUAGAAACUUUCUUUCCAGGGCGUGCAUGUAUUGUGCAUUUUAGUGGGGCCAACCUAUUUACCUGGGUAGAGGAGGAAGUGUGAAAGCUUUGUACAAUUGAUUACUUGAUGGUUUUUUGUCUCAUUGUAUAAUGAGAUGUACAAAUAAUCCUAUUUUUGGUCUUUGACAAAUAUUUAGCAACUCUGAGAAAAAAUUUAAGCAAUUGAAAUAUUAGAUCCAUAAAGUAAUCUGGGUAAAAAUUCAAAGGAAAAUAUUGAUACAGAGGGGAAAAUAUAUGGUACUUAAGGCAUAUCUAUAAAAUGAAAAUAUUUUUCAUAUCAAUCUCCUUUAUCCUCUUCAAAUUAAGGCUUUUUUUUGUGGUCAAACAUUUCUUGUAACGUCGCAAAGACAUAACUUUAUGUGCUAAAAACAACUUCCCUAAUGAUAUUUUCAACGUGCCCAUGUUCCUGAACCUUGCAGAGAGGAAUGACCUAGGUCUGGACAAAGGCAUUCCUUCCUUGUUUUAAAAGCAGUAUAAACAUCACACCUAUUUAUUCACCUUCUACACGUACCAUCUCUUUGCAUUUUGAGGUCUCUUACUAUGACGUGCUUUUCCUUCCACCAACGAAAGAAAUGUUCCACUGCAAUGUUGAAAAAACUCAUGGGCUACCGUUGUAGAAGCAGUAUUUUAAAAGCAGUGGCUUAUCAGGAUUUCUCAGAAAACACAUGAAUGUUGGAUAUUUUGUUGUUGUACAGGGUGAAGGAGAUUUAUUACUGAUCUCUUAAAAACUGUGUUAUGUGGUUGAACUUGAUGACAGUUCAGCUUUUCCAGUAUCUUUCAGUCUUUAAAGGAGAGAGUGCAGUUGCCUUUUCUUUUGGAGGAACUCCAUCCUUGUAGUCUUCUGUUAUCCCACCAUGUACACAGACUUGACAAAAGUAAAUCGCUGGCUUACAGUGCCUGGUGUUAGGGGAGCUAAGGUGUACUGUAAAUGGCUGAGAUGAGAAAGAUAGAACACCAUUCCCUUUGCAUCAUGAGAAAAUUCAUCAUGUACAAGGUACAUUCUUUGUCACUAAAAUUUGAAUAGCACAGCACACCUUCUACCUGUGCCUGUAUUAAUCCUAUAGUUACCAUUCUAACCAAGAGGACAUGUAUUGUAAGUUUGUUGCAGUGCUGUCCAUUUGUUCUCUGGCUGUCAAAUUCCGCCUGUAUGUUGGGUCCACUGGAGGCAACCCUACCACUUUUGGAUUUAGUCUUUGGUAUAGAGAUGUAGACGUAUUCCCAACUUUUAUACAGGAGAGUUUGGCAGUGAUGGAAAUUCAUGGUGCCACUGCUGUUUGGUGCGACAAAACUUGGCCUCGCAUAAAAAGUCUAGCAAAGUUGUUCUGCUAAUAGUGAACACCUUAGCUUCAUUAGGAGGUGGAAUGAUCUCCACUGGCUUCUUUGCUAGGUGGAAAUCUAGGAAUGCUUAAAGAUUUUUUUUCUGUAAUAUUUAGACUGGUAGUCAUUUUGCCAUAACAAAGUAAUUACUCUGCUUUUUCACACCUUGAAAAUCCUCUCAGUAGACUUCCGUCCUGCCCACCAAAAGCUUUCAGCCAAAGAAAUCUUGAUAGCAGUAAGCUAUCAAGAAGGUGUCUGGAAGGCUGAUGUCUGCAUUCUAGUAUUCCCUUUUUUUCUUUUGACAAUGCUGUCAUUAGAAAACUGUGAGCAUCUCUUACAGGCAUCCCUCCCCUUAGAACUUAAGUGUUCCAAACCAAGUCUUCCUUAGCUGCUGCUUUUUUGGGAAGGGACUAGAACUUUUCUGGGAGAGGUAUUUGUCUGUCUUGGACUGUAAGUGAAAUCUGUGGUUUUGAAAGAUGGCAGAAGAAUAGAGUGAGGCAAGACAAAGCAAUCAUGUGGAUUUAAAUAUCUUUCACCGGUUUGUCCACUUAAAUGUGUUUUGGCAGGUGCUGCAUACUAUGAAGGGCUGGUUCCUAUUUUAAAUGCUUAUAGCUGAAGUGGGGUAGCUUCAGAUCUUUGUCCUGAAGAUCGCUCCUGUGGUUCAUGGGAGUCCAUGGAAUGAAAUGUACAAGGGAGGUUCUUCAAAGCUGCAGAUAAGCCAGUUAAUUUCUCUGCUCUUUAUCCAAGGCCUUUCAAAGCACAAAAAGGGUUGUUAGGCACUUGAAGACUCUUCUUCAGGCUCCUCACUGCAAACCUACUGAAAACCCAAUCUGUUGAUUGAUUCAUUCAAUCUUUUGCAUUUUGAACAAUUGCCAAUCAUUUGUAAAGAAUCUGGUCAGUAAUGCUGUAAUUUUGUUUUGCUUGGGAUUUGAACUUCAGGAAGGUGUGUUACUGCAUCUAUUUUCUGUGGGGUGGAGCUUAAGAAAGGAUGAAGUAUUCCUGCUGGAAAGGAUUUUUUGGAUCACACUCUUCUAUUCAGUAUCUAGCCCACUUCCCACAGGAAGUUUAAAACUACUUUGAUAAACUGGAGAGACGAGCUUACUACCAUUGGUCUUAAAGUCCAGUUUUGAGAAGGACUUAUAUUAAGGAAGGCUUGCUUCAGAUGAGACGUUGAGGCAUUGUGAGCAGACUGAUAUUACCUAUUAAGAUCUCAAUUGCUAAGCACUUAGAUACUGAAGACAUCAAACUAUCAGAUAGUACUGUGCUCCACUUACUUUUUUCCUUCUGACGUGAUUUAGUUGUGAAGUGUCUGCUAUAUAUAAGCCUGGGAAAAACUCUGUAGGUUGAAACAAAGAUGUGAUAAUUGUAAUCCAUUUUCAUAGUUCAAGAUGCUUAAUUUAACGUGCUUGAUAUCAUUACAUUUUGUGCUGGGAACUUUGAAGAAUCCUGAGGAUUUCCCACGUGUACAUUUAACAGUUUCUUUUGAAUGAUUUAGUAAAGUCAACACAAUUACUUCAUUUGGCCUGUGGACAAAACAUUUGAUUUCAACACCUUGCUGAGGAGAGAACUUACAUAUUAAUAGUUGCCUAAAGUUGUGGUCUGUGAUUCUGAUCAUUCUUUCUACUAGUGAAUUAUACAAAUAGGUGUGGUAUUUAUAUCUGAAAUUUUGCUGAAUGCCUGUAAUAUUUUAUGCAAAUAUUUUAUUAAUCAAAUGGAAGUGCUCCUGCAAAGCUUCAUGACACAGAUUGUCCAUCAAGUGAGCUUACAGAUGAGUAAUCCUCUGACCCAAAAUGGCACGCUUUCAGUUAAGACUGGUAAUUUAAGAAUGUUUCCUCUUUGCUAGAAGAAAUAAUGACUUUUAUACAGCAAACAAUUGGAGAGGUUCUUAAGCACCCAAUAACCUGGUCUGUCUGUCAGCAUGGCAGUGAAUGUAGAUGGUUGCCGUUUGACAAAGCUUCCUAUGACCAUGUACUAACUCUGAUUGGAUGUGGCAAAUGUUCUAAAUUGUAGCAGAACUUACAAUUACUGUAUCUGACAAGAGAAAAAAUAGGAACCAGGAACCAUAAUCAGUUUUGAUAGUUGUAUGCUAGCUGUUUUCAGGUUGGUGGCAGUCAGUUACGUGUGUAAUAUUCUCUACCUGGUUUGUAGCUGUAACUGUGAUGUACAGAUAAAAGGAAAAAAAAAAAAACAAAACAAAAAAACCACAAAAAAAACCAAAAAACCCACAAAAAACGAUGACAAAAAAACCCAUGAAACAAAAAAUCCCAAACCCUCCUCAACAAGCACCACAAAACAAUCUCCCCACCUCCACGAACUCAUGAAAACAGAAGCAAAUAAUGCAAUGAUAGAAGAUACACACGUUUGUAUUUUUAUUCUUAUAAGGUUAUUUGCUGGCUCUUGUUGGCCUCUAGUUCAGUCUGUGUUAUUUAAAUUCUAAUAUAUAAAUUAUUUGGAUUGAAUUCAUGUUCGGGGCCAUGGUGUUGUAUGUAUUGAUGUACAGCCUUGAAUGUGAAUAAUUAUUGUAAACUAUAUUUUACACCUUUUUUCUGGCUUUAUUAUAUAAAUUUUCUAUUGGUCGAUGAUUUAAUCAUAUCUCAUAAUUUAACGGCUGUUUACUCUCCUCUUGACAGCUCUCUGUGCUGUAGAUGUGUAGUUAGUGACUGGAUGAUGGAUUUCACUGAUGCUUGGUGGUCUGUAAUAAAGGCAUGCAGGG